AUGACAGCCGCAAACCUUCAACAACGACAGUUCACGCUCUUUCACAAGUUCAGCACCGAAGUUCGACCAUCUGAGAUGGUACGACGAGAUGAUCGAAUUCGUUCAAUGACUUGCUCAUUUGAAGAAAUUGCCGAGUUAGAGGAAGAAGAUACUCAGUUCUUCGAGCGAACUUCGUCCGACGGACGAUCACCAUUCGCUGUCGCUUUCGACUCUCCUUUUGCCGAGCGGCGCGGAAGCCCUAGUCGAAGUUUAAAUCUAUCCUGCGCAAGAAAACUCGCCGUACCCCGACUAUGUCGUGGUUUAUCGGACCCUUUCCUGCGACGUCGACUAACACCAACUAUGUUUGAAUAUCUAAGUCCAGACCGACAUGAUGCCGGAUCGCAUUUCUUGACCCUCCCAUCAAUCCCCGAGACUGCUUCAUCGUAA